GCAUGCACCCGCCGCGACACCGCUUGCCCUCCGCCUUCUCGUUCUCGGUCCACCACCUUCUAUUCCAUUUCCACACCCAUCACCACACACAUUUAAAACCACCAGCGAGUAUCUAAACCUUUCACCCCAUUGGUCGCCCACAGGUCUGGAACUAGUAGCCACUAGCUCCAUUCUCUGCUUGGCUGUGGUAGAUCUCUUCCUGCACAGCCACGAGGCCAGGCAGGCAGACGUCACUAGCUAUGGUGGCGAUGGGGAAAAAGCAGCAGCUGGCCGACGACGAAGAGAACUGCUGCUACGGCGUCGGCAGCUCUGAGGCGGAGUGCGGCGUCGAUGCCGAGUUCAGGGCGACGGAUCUGCGCCCUCUGUCACUGCUGUCGCCGCACACGCAGGCGUUCCACCUCGCCUGGCUCUCCCUCUUCGCCUGCUUCUUCGCGGCCUUUGCCGCCCCGCCCAUCCUCCCUGCGCUGCGGCCGGCGCUCGUGCUCGCGCCCUCGGACGCCCCCGCCGCCGCAGUGGGCUCCCUCUCCGCCACGCUGGUCGGCAGGCUUGCCAUGGGGCCCGCAUGCGACCUCCUCGGCCCGCGCCGCGCGUCGGGGUUCGCCAGCCUCCUGGCCGCGCUCGCCGUCGCGGUCACCGCGGUCACCGCGUCGUCGCCCGCGGGGUUCGUCGCGCUGCGCUUCGUGGCGGGCCUCUCCCUCGCCAACUUCGUCGCCAACCAGCACUGGAUGUCGGGCAUCUUCGCGCCCUCCGCCGUGGGGCUCGCCAACGCCGUCACGGCCGGCUGGGCCAACGUCGGCAGCGCCGCGGCGCAGCUCGUCAUGCCGCUCGCGUACGAGCUCGUCCUCCGCCUCGGCGUGCCCAUCACCGUCGCCUGGCGCGUCACCUACCUCCUCCCCUGCGCGCUCCUCAUCACCACGGGCCUCGCCGUCCUCGCCUUCCCCUACGACCUCCCGCGCGGCGCCGGCGUCGGCGGCGGAGCCAAGACCGGCAAGAGCUUGUGGAAGGUGGUGCGCGGAGGGGUCAGCAACUACCGCGCGUGGGUGCUCGCGCUCACCUACGGCUACUGCUACGGCGUCGAGCUCAUCAUGGAGAACGUGGCCGCCGACUUCUUCCGGAAACGUUUCCACCUCCCCAUGGAGGCUGCGGGCGCCGCGGCGGCGUGCUUCGGCGCGAUGAACGCGGUGGCGCGGCCCGCGGGCGGGUUGGCGUCGGACGCGGUGGCGAGACUGUUCGGCAUGCGCGGGAGGCUGUGGCUUCUCUGGGCCGUGCAGACCACCGGCGCGGCACUGUGCGUGCUGGUCGGCAGGAUGGGCGCAGCGGAAGCGCCGUCGCUGGCGGCCACCAUGGCGGUCAUGGUGCUGUGCGCCGCGUUUGUGCAGGCCUCGUCGGGGCUCACCUUCGGCAUCGUCCCGUUCGUGUCCAAGAGGUCGUUGGGCGUGGUGUCCGGGAUGACGGCGAGCGGCGGCGCGGUGGGCGCGAUCGUGACGAACCGGCUCUUCUUCAGCGGGUCGCGGUACACCAUUGAGGAGGCCAUCUCGUUGACCGGCGCCGCCAGCCUCGUGUGCACGCUCCCGCUGGCCCUCGUCCACUUCCCGCGCCACGGUGGCAUGCUCUGCGGCCCAACCGCCGUCGUCGAUGGCGACGAUGCAGGAUACGACAACGAUAAUAGUGCUGGAGAUUACACGCUCCUCAAAUGAAUUGAGGAACAAAUGUAUGCAACGGGGGGGUCGCAUGUGAACUUUGUACAUAGCACAUCCAAUGGCCUUGAUAGAUUA